AUGGAGGUCAUCCCGGUGUCAAUCCCGAAUAGGAGAAUCGGGACGUUUUUGCAGCUGCCAAAUACUUCUGUAUCCGAAUCAACUAGAGUUGGUGAUGACGGAGUUGAGGACGAAGAUGCAUCUGUGAUUGCAUUCACAGGUAAGAAGAAGUCUUCCAAAAAGAAAGAUAAUAGUGUUAUUACUGCAUCGAGUGAAGAAACUAAGGUUGGGGCUGAAAAUACAGAUGUAGUUGAACCAGAACAACCAAGUAAGGAAACUAGUAAAAUUGAAGCUGACGAUGCUAAAGUUAACAAGAGUAAAGAGGUUCCAGAAACUUCAAAAAGUAAGAAAAAGAAGAAGAAAAGUGGAAGGACUGCUCAGGAAGAGGAUGAUUUGGAUAUGAUUCUUGCUGAGCUAGGUGAGGGGUCUUUUGCAUCGAAACCUGCUGCUGCUCCCAUGCAAGAGGAGAAAGUUGAGGUUCAACCUGAUAUAGUCGCCCCGGUUGAUGGUUCAGGUGAAAAGGAAGGUGAAGAAGAGACUGUGGAGUCUGCUGCGGUGAAGAAGAAGAAAAAGAAGAAGGACAAGGAAAAGGAGAAAAAGGCAGCAGCUGCAGCAGCGGCUGCAGGGACUGCUACUGCUUCUGUGGCCAUUGAGGAUGAAAAACAAGAAGAAAAAAAAAUUGAACCAAAAGAAUCCAAGAAGAAUGAAGUGAAAGGUAAAGCAGCAGACAAGAAAGUGCCAAAGCAUGUUAGGGAGAUGCAAGAGGCCCUCGCUAGGAGGAAGGAGCAGGAAGAGAGGAAGCAAAGGGAAGACGAGGUGUGCAAGCGUGUAUGA